AGGCAGAAGACGAAGCUGGGCAGGUUCGCAGAUGCUGCACCAUUCACCGAGGGUUUCCAAGUCCCAGGUGCAGCUGAAGAACAAGCCAGAGCAGUUCGUGAUGAUGACAUAAUACCCAAAGAUCAGCCAUCUCCCGUGAGCAGUGCCGGAUCACCAUGGGACCAGAGCGGUAUGAGUCAAAAAUCGAGCGGGUUUGACAUUCGCUCUAUACCUGAAAUGGUGAAUAAGCCGAAUCUCAGCCAGUGGUAUGAAGAGCAGUUGUCGUUCAUGAAAGAAUCAAUAGCUGAUGAAGAGGAUGAAAUGUAUCGUCCUAGUGAAGCGGAGCAUGAGCCAUCACCAGUUCUUCAAGAAGAAUAUGUUGAUGAGGACAAGUACAUCGAGGAAGAACCCCGUCCAUUAGUCAGUCCUGAGCAGGCUCAUUCAUCAGUUACGAUCGAGUCCGCAGAAAAACUCACCGAUAGCCCUACAUCAGCUCCGGCAUCGAUCGUUGCGAGGGGCAGGACUGAGGCUGGCAUCGAUCGCACGUCUUCUGCUGCAGCUGCUGUUGGUGGCAUGCUGGACUCCAGCCAGGGAGGCCGGUUUCGUCUCUCUGGCCUUGGAAAGUUCGCCUCUGGUGCCCUCGGAAAGGCAAAACAAGCAGCUGCCGAUUUCGCCCAAAAUGUGCCUGCCACCACCACCAAACUCACGGUGGGCAAUUUAUUCAUUGUUUUCACUAUUUCGUUCAUAUUAUUUCUCGUCAUUAUGUCACUGACCCAUUCACAAGCUUCAUUCAUUCAACCUGAA